AUGGAGUUGGAGUCGGAAAUAGAGUUGGAGUCGGAAAUGGAGUUCGGACUGCAGUGCAGUACACUAAUGCCAUCUUGUCGACUUUCAGCUCCAGCUGUUCCCAUCGGAGGAGUCCUCCCCAUUUGCGCUGACGGUUGCGAAGAGCCACCAUUGUAUUUACGACAGAAACAAAAACAGACAACCAAACUGCUUAUUAUAAAAGCCAAAAGACCAAAUAUGGAAUAA